AGAGGGUCGGGGAAGUAGGCGUUGUCGAGGCAACAGCGGUAGGUAGGCCCGAAGCCUCGGGCUUGCGUGACGGGCCGACUGGUGUCGUCGUUCGCUUGUUUCCUCGGUGCUGGUCCGUGUGAGGAGCGGCUGCUCGCCACGGAAAGAAUGACUGACUGACUUCACUCCAAUCUGACAGAGCGAAACCUAGUUACAAUGCCUGAAAUAAAAGUCACGCCUUUGGGUGCGGGCCAGGAUGUGGGCCGGAGCUGUAUUUUGGUCUCAAUUGGUGGGAAAAACGUGAUGCUGGAUUGUGGAAUGCACAUGGGAUUUAAUGACGAUAGACGCUUCCCUGACUUCUCCUACAUAACUCAGAAUGGAAGACUCACAGAAUUCCUCGACUGUGUCAUUAUCAGCCACUUUCAUCUGGACCACUGCGGAGCUCUUCCUUACAUGAGUGAGAUGAUUGGUUACGAUGGCCCUAUUUACAUGACACAUCCCACUAAAGCCAUUUGUCCCAUCCUCCUGGAGGAUUAUAGAAAGAUCACUGUUGAUAAGAAAGGAGAGACCAACUUCUUUACUUCUCAGAUGAUAAAAGACUGCAUGAAGAAAGUUGUGGCCAUUCAUCUCCAUCAGACAGUGCAGGUUGACGAUGAGCUUGAAAUAAAGGCGUAUUACGCUGGACACGUGCUGGGUGCAGCCAUGGUUCAAAUCCGGGUGGGCUCGGAGUCUGUGGUGUAUACGGGUGACUACAACAUGACACCCGAUCGACACCUGGGAGCUGCCUGGAUUGACAAGUGUCGCCCUGAUUUAUUAAUCUCCGAGUCCACGUAUGCGACCACCAUCCGAGACUCGAAGCGGUGCAGAGAGAGGGACUUUCUGAAGAAGGUGCACGAUGCCAUAGAACGGGGCGGAAAGGUGCUGAUUCCUGUCUUUGCCCUUGGACGAGCCCAGGAACUGUGCAUCCUGCUGGAAACCUUCUGGGAGAGGAUGAACUUGAAGGCGCCCAUUUAUUUCUCAACUGGACUGACAGAAAAAGCCAAUCAUUACUAUAAACUAUUCAUCACAUGGACCAACCAAAAAAUCAGGAAGACAUUUGUGCAGAGGAACAUGUUCGAGUUUAAACACAUCAAGCCAUUUGAUAGGACCUACGCUGACAACCCGGGACCUAUGGUGGUGUUUGCUACCCCAGGCAUGCUCCAUGCUGGACAGUCCCUGCAGAUAUUCAGGAAGUGGGCAGGAAACGACAAAAACAUGGUUAUCAUGCCUGGAUACUGUGUACAAGGAACGGUGGGACACAAGAUUCUGAGCGGACAACGGAAACUUGAAAUGGAGGGGAGACAAACGCUGGAGGUGAAGAUGCAGGUGGAGUACAUGUCGUUCAGUGCACAUGCAGACGCCAAGGGCAUCAUGCAACUCAUCCGUCAGGCAGAGCCACAUCACGUGCUGUUGGUGCACGGGGAAGCGAAGAAAAUGGGAUUCCUCAAACAGAAGAUUGAGCAGGAAUUUAGUAUUAAUUGCUACAUGCCAGCCAAUGGAGAGACCUGUACAAUCGUGACCAAUCCCAAUAUUCCUGUGGAUAUUUCUCUCUGUUUGCUCAAAAGGGAUUCGGCUCUUGGUCCGAUACCAGAUCCAAAGAAACAGAAGCUAAUGCACGGCACGCUGAUCAUAAAGGAUAAUAGCCUUCGUCUGGUUUCACCUGAACAAGCCGUAAAAGAGUUGGGUCUGAGCGAGCAUCAUCUCCGCUACACCUGUAAGGUACAGAUACAAGACCACCACUCAGAACAGGACACCUUGAACCGGAUAUACAACCACCUGAAAAACAUCCUGAAAGAUUAUCCUAUCCAGCACCUCCCCGAUGGGUCUGUGAUGGUGGAAUCCAUUCUCAUUAAAAUCAGUGCAACGUCUGAUGACCAGAGCACGAAAGAUGUGUUGGUUUCGUGGACUUACCAGGAUGAAGAGUUGGGCAGUUACCUGAUAACGUUGUUGAAGAAAGGGCUGCCUCCAUCUAUUCCUCUCUGACCAGUGGGAAUAACAAAGUGAAAAGGCAUGGAAAAAUGACUGCUUUGAUAUUUUUGUAUAUGCCCCGUGUAAACGUCUGUGCAGCAGCAGGAUCCAGUGAGAUGAUGCAAGGUGUUGGGCUAUUGGCAGCUGCCCAAUGUGUGGGCUGGAGGUUGUCUCACCAAAGCCUCCUCCACAGCUCAGCGAUGAUGCUAGUGAUUAUUUACUUCACCCACUCGACCAACUGGUGAUAUUUUUCCAGCAAAAGAAGGUUGACAAAAAAAAGACAAUUAUUUUCUCAGCAAAGAUUUAUUACUGGGUCGGAGCUCCUCAGCAAUCGAUGAGUCGAAUGGCUGACUCCUGUUCCCGUGUGUCCAUAAUGGUCCACUUUCUCAAGAGAAACAAAGGUUGGUCAACAAAUGCCGGCCUUAACAGAUCCUUGGAAAUGAAUAAGUUUAAAAAAAAACCUUCAUGAUAUUAAACAUGACACAGUCUGUUGGAGUAACUCAGUGGGCCAGGCUACAUCUCUGCAAGAUAUGGACAGACAACGUUUUGUCUCGGGUACCUUCAGACUGAUUGAUGGAGCCCGACUAUAAACGUCACCUAUCCAUGUUCUCCAGAGAUGCUGCCUGACCCGCUGACUUACUCCAGCACUCUGUGUCUUUUGUUUGUAAAGCAGCAUCUGUAGUUCCCUGUGUCUUCAUAAUAUUAAACACUUGUAUGAUGUUGUUCUCAAUA